AGGAGGCGGAGGCGCGCUCAGUGGGCGGAGGGCCCAGGCAAAGCCUUGGGCAGCAGGCUGAGAAGACAGAUCUGGUCGCUGUAGGCAUCCAGCAGGCGGAGCCUUGCGUGUCGAGACCCCACCAGGGUGAACUUUCUCAUCUUGGUCUUCAAACUCUCCAUGGUCCCAUCCAGCUUCUGAGGGUGGAGCCUCUGUUGUGUUUCCCUUCCUCGGCUAUCCUCAGAACCUAAGAGUCAGUUUUUCAUGAAAAAAGCAUUGGAACUAGCAGUCAAGAGUCACUCUUCACUAACUUGGUAUUGUGCAAGUCAUCCUCCCUCUCUGGAUCUUAGUUGCUUCAUCUGUAAAAAAGAAGAUAAAAAUUCUUUACCUGUCUGAAGAUGAGGUGGAGGAUCGUUCUACUAUGCUAUUGUUGUCUCUUGGUCACAUGUCUACUUGCUGUUCUUCAAGCUGUGCCUAUAGACAUCGACAAGACAAAAGUACAAAAUACCGAACCUGUGGAAAGUGCAAAGAUAGAACCACCAGAUACUGGACUUUAUUAUGAUGAAUAUCUCAAGCAAGUUAUUGAUGUGCUGGAAACAGAUAAACAUUUCAGAGAAAAGCUGCAGAAAGCAGACAUAGAGGAAAUAAAGAGUGGGAGGCUAAGCAAAGAGCUGGACUUAGUAAGUCACCAUGUGAGGACAAGACUUGAUGAACUGAAAAGGCAAGAAGUAGGAAGGUUAAGAAUGCUAAUUAAAGCUAAAUUGGAUUCCCUUCAAGAUAUAGGCAUGGACCACCAAGCUCUUCUAAAACAAUUUGAUCACCUAAACCAUAUGAAUCCUGACAAGUUUGAAUCCACAGAUUUAGAUAUGCUAAUCAAAGCGGCAACAAAAGAUUUGGAACAGUAUGACAAGACUCGACACGAAGAAUUCAAAAAAUAUGAAAUGAUGAAGGAACAUGAACGGAGAGAAUAUUUAAAAACACUAGAUGAAGAAAAGAGAAAAGAAGAAGAAUCUAAAUUUGAAGAAAUGAAGAGGAAGCAUGAAAAUCAUCCCAAAGUUAAUCAUCCAGGAAGCAAAGAUCAACUAAAAGAGGUAUGGGAAGAGACUGAUGGAUUGGACCCUAAUGACUUUGACCCCAAGACAUUUUUCAAAUUACAUGAUGUCAAUAGUGAUGGAUUCCUGGAUGAGCAAGAAUUAGAAGCCCUGUUUACUAAGGAGUUGGAGAAAGUGUAUGAUGCCCAAAAUGAAGAGGACGACAUGGUGGAAAUGGAGGAAGAAAGGCUUAGAAUGAGGGAACAUGUAAUGAAUGAGGUUGAUACAAAUAAAGACCGAUUGGUGACUCUGGAAGAAUUUUUGAAAGCUACAGAAAAAAAGGAAUUCUUGGAGCCAGAUAGCUGGGAGACAUUGGAUCAGCAACAACUCUUCACGGAGGAAGAACUAAAAGAAUAUGAAAACAUUAUUGCUUUACAAGAAAAUGAGCUUAAGAAGAAGGCAGAUGAGCUUCAGAAACAAAAAGAAGAGCUACAGCGUCAGCAUGACCAGCUGGAGGCUCAGAAACAGGAAUAUCAUCAGGCCGUACAACAGAUGGAACAAAGAAAGUUACAACAAGGAAUCGCUCCAUCUGGUUCAACUGGAGAGCAGAAGCUUGAGCCACACAUUUAAAGUUCCGAAGCCCACCAGAACUUGGAAGGAAACUGUUCAUUCGACAUCUGUUUCAUCUUUUAACUCCUUUUCUUUCUUUCUACUCAAUAAAUAUUUUAAAGCAUAUUUGGAAUAAAGGCAGAUACCUUUAAAGAGAGAACACUAUUUUGGGGACACAUAUACAUGAGGAUUGAAAUCUACCAGAGCCAGGAAGGAAACAAACUUCCAUUUCUAGCUCCCUUCUUUAUUCUUUGUUCUCCUUGUGAGGUGGAGUAGUUUAUGCUAUAAUGAGUGAAACUAUCAACUAAGUGAUAAAUCUCUGCCUUUGGCUUUUUUUUUUUUUUCCUGGUACCAGGGAUCGAACUC